AUGUAUCAUUUGACCGAAGACCAGGCGAAAGUGAUGAUCGUACAGCGUUUAAAGGGGCGAGCAUUAGAGUGGUUUAGAUCGCGGAGAGAAUACCUGCAUCUCACAGUGGAUGAACUUUUAGUUGAGUUGCGAAAAAUGUUCCAUCAGCGAAUCAGCAAGAUGACCUUGCGAACAAGGUUCCAGGAACGUGUUUGGAAGCGUGACGAGUCUUUUAGCGAUUACUUCCAUGAGAAGAUCAUAUUAGCGAGCCGGAUAGAGAUUGACGAGGAAGAAAUGAUCGAAUUAAUCAUCGCUGGAAUACCAGAUCAAUCGCUACGAGAUCAGGCAAGGGUGCAUGGUCAUAAAAGGAAGGAAUCCCUUCUGAGAGCGUUUGAGCAUAUAUCGCUGAAAGGACGCCCGCAGCAGGCGAAGAUGGGUAACUUAAUGACACAUCGAAGCAGCAUAGACGCUUGCGUUAGAGGAAGGAUAAAUAACAUAUCAGAUAACCGUUUGAGGUGCAAAAAUUGCGGUACGAUGGGUCAUUUUAGCGAGGAAUGCCCAUAUAAGAGUAGAGGCACGAAGUGCUUCGAAUGUAGAGAAUUUGGUCAUAUCGCGGUUAAUUGCCCUAGAAAUCGUAUUGCUAACAAAAAUUCAUGUAAAAUCUCGCGAUCGGUGCGAGGAAAGUAUUAUAAGGAAGUAAUAAUAAAUGGUCAGAAAAUUGACGCGCUAAUUGAUACCGGAAGUGAUAUAUCUCUAAUGCGAGCCGCACAAUACAUACAAAUAGGAUCGCCUAGAUUGAAAACGAAUGAGAUCAGAUUUCGUGGAAUAGGCUCGGAGGACAAUAAAACGUUAGGGGAAUUCUUUGCAGGUAUUGAAAUUGAUGGUAAUCAAUACACCAUUGAAAUUUCCGUGGUACCCGGUAAAUUGAUGCAGCAUGCUGUUUUGAUAGGAACUGAUUUUUUGGAUACAGUGGAUAUUAAUAUUAGAGAGGGAAAAAUUGCAAUUAGCAAACCGUCAGGAAGCGGGGAGAACAGUGAGAAAGUAGUCGAAAUCUUAAAGAUAGACUGUGUAUAUGAUACAAAUGAGUUAGAUCUGUCGCACAUUCCGUCGAGUGAGCAUAAAAAAUUGGUGGUAGACUUGAUUAAUAAUUAUAAUCCGGUGAAAGCGCGUGAUGUUGGUGUUAAAAUGAGUUUGAUACUAAAAGACGAAGAGCCAGUUUAUCAGCGGCCAAGACGUUUACCUCCGUCGGAAGGGCAGGAGGUAGAGAAUCACAUUAGUAAUUGGUUAUCUAGCGGUAUUAUUCAACCAUCGUUAUCUGAGUACGCGAGUCCAGUUGUACUAGUAAAGAAAAAGGACGGUAGUACAAGGCUCUGCGUGGAUUACCGAAAGAUAAAUAAGAAAAUAGUGAAGGACCGUUAUCCGCUUCCGUUGAUUGACGAUCAGUUGGACGCGCUUCAGAAUGCAAAAAUUUUUAGUACAUUGGAUUUGAAAAACGGGUUUUUCCAUGUACCAUUGGAACCAGAAAGCAGAAAAUACACAUCAUUUAUAUUUUCCAAAAAUUUAUUAAUGCUGUGUUCAGACCGUGAGUCUGGAAUAGAAUAUUUACAGGAGGUAAUUCAAGUGGCCGAACAAUUUGGGCUAAACAUUAAGUGGUCGAAGUGUCGUUUCCUUGAAUCACAAGUGAAAUUUUUAGGACAUGUGAUUGGAAACGGAAGGAUUAGGCCGUCUAGAGGGAAAACGGAAGCGGUCAUAAAGCUCCUACAACCUUCGAGCAUAAAGCAAAUUCAAAGUUUUCUGGGGCUAACGGGAUUCUUUAGAAAAUUCAUAGCUAAUUACUCCUUGAUCGCGCGGCCAUUGACGGAUCUACUAGAAGCGGAUGUAAAAUUUGAGUUCGGGGAGAAGCAAAAAGAAGCAGUAGAGCAGUUGAAGCGAGCCUUAAGCAAUAAACCAGUGUUGAACAUAUAUAGGGUUGGAGCCGAAACAGAACUACAUACUGACGCGUCUAUGUACGGAUAUGGCGCAAUCUUAUUGCAGCGCGACGAAAAUAAUGAUAAAUUUCAUCCGAUCUAUUAUGCGAGUGGUAAGACUACAUCGACUGAGGCGAAAUACACUAGUUACGAGCUCGAAGUGUUAGCAAUAAUAAAAGCGUUACGGAAGUUUAGAAUUUAUCUGUUGGGUAUACCGUUUAAAAUAGUAACUGAUUGUCAAGCAUUUUCGAUGACUAUGAAUAAGAAGGAUUUAUGUGUGAGAGUUGCUCGGUGGGCUUUGUUAUUAGAAGAGUUCCAAUAUGAGAUAAAGCAUAGACCGGAUAAAAGUAUGUUGCAUGUUGAUGCGUUGAGUCGGAAUCCAUUGCCGACCAGCAUGGUAAUAGAUGAAAGCGAUGAGAGCGUGAAUGUGAGGAUUGGUAGGGCGCAGCGUAGUGAUAACGAACUUGGGAAGUUCUUCGAAUUGGCGCAGCGAGAUGAGCUUAAUGAUUAUAAGAUUAGGUAUGGCUUAUUGUUUAAACAARACGAAGGGGAAAUGCGAUUAAUUGUACCGAAAUCAAUGAUCACCGAAAUAAUUAGGCGUGUUCACGAGAAUGGGCAUUUUUCAGCGGCAAAAACGGAAACGUUAGUGAAACGGAAUUAUUGGUUCCAGAAUAUGCGUUCAAAAAUUGAAAAGGUUGUGCGUACUUGUGUAAGUUGUAUUUUAGCGGAACGAAAACAGGGUAAACAGGAAGGAUUCCUUAAUCCUAUUGAGAAGGGCAGCAUACCGCUGGACUUAGCGGCGCCAAAACCCCAAGACUGGUACAAAUAUUUGGGAAGAGCACAACAAUGCUUAAAUGCCGUUCCAAAUCGCAGCACAGGGACAUCCGCUUUUGACGUCCUUUUUGGAGUGCAUAUGAGAGUAAGAAAUGAUCCACAAAUUCGAGAGAUUAUAGAGACCGAGUGGCUACGGGAGUUUCAAAAGGAUCGCGAUGAACUCAGAGAUGCUGUUCGAGACCAGUUGCAGAAAGUGCAGCGAGAAAAUAUCAAAACAUAUAACAAACGACGUAAGGAAGCAAAACGAUAUAAUGAGGAUGACUUGGUGGCAAUCAAGCGAACGCCAUUGGUACCAGGCUUGAAGUUGGCAUCGAAAUAUUUGGGUCCGUAUCAGAUAAUAAAAGCCUUACGUAAUGAUCGAUAUGUGGUGCGUAAGGUAGGCGAAUCGGAGGGUCCUUUACAAACUUCUACAUCGGCGGAUUACAUGAAACCGUGGGUCGAAAGCAUAAACAUUGGGUUGAGUGAUAGUGAGUCGAGUGAUGAUUAG